UCGGAUACGGGUUCGGGAUAUGGUCGUGUGUAUCUGCAGCAUCCCUUUCGAACGAAAGUUACUCAUACAAGUGAAUCUCAACGAUUUUAGUACGCCCGUAGAACUCUUGUUGGUUAGUGACUGUAUUACGUGCUCUCUUCUCAGGGUAGUUAUAAGUGACUCUGAAGGGAUGGAUACGUGCAAAAGCUCAAACUCGUCCUCGUUUCUGAUGUGAUUUCACGAUUCUCGGAAAGAAAAGAUAGAAUUACCUUUAAUGCUCGUUGUGUUGUGGUUAGUAUCUUGUGCGGAAAUACUUCUGGCUACUUUGAAUGCGUCCACUCAUCUUGGAUCAUUAAUCUCCUUUCGGGAAAAAGAAUAAAAUUUUCGGAACAAAUCGAGUGAAUAAAUUGGACGGUUUUCGCUUUCAACGUGAUGACAUGUACGAGUAUAUAUGAAUAUACGGAAUAGAAAGAUACUUGGACUGUGUUGCUGAAUCAAUGUUCGGCAGAGUGAUGUGUAUAUAGUGUAAGUUCGCGCUUAGUUAGUUUUUUCGACCGAGGAACAAUGAAAUUAGCGUGGUUCGAGCAGCAUAGUUGAGUAUUAUUUACGUUCAUCAGUCUCAACGAAAAGCUACAAUGCGAUAAUUACGUUUGUGAUUAAAAAAAUAGAGAAAACCAAAGAAAUAUGAAUAUAAUUGAUAGAAAGUGCCUUUCAAGACUCAUCUAAGAAGAAGCAAUGUUUAAUCCAGUUUAAGGGUAAAACAUCUAAAUUGGAAGAAUUUAUGAUAUUUCGAAAAGUGGAACCCAAAGGAUCAACACUGAAGAUCUCUGUUAAUAUUUAAGGGAAAAUCUCGAUAACUGUAGAGAUCGUCAUAAUCAAUGUGAUUAUAAUUAAAAGGAGUCCUAAAUAAUUUUUACUAGUGCUCAGCUCCAACUCAUAACCCCUCGGAAAGGAAACUCCAAAAAUCCACCUUGAAAUCAACUGGUUCGAUCUCAUGCCCAUUAACUGAAUCUAGCAAUCCAAAACACACAAUUACUGUGAUCUCGUCAAUUAUAAACUUACUCCACAAUGGCCGCAAUGAAAGCCCACCAACGAGCUCCUCGCACUCCAGAUAGCUACUUCAAUGUCUCCGAAUCGGUGACGCUCCUAAACAUCGUGAAAUCCGAUCGCAUUCAAAAUGCAUUUCAGUCAAAUCGAAAGAAUCAUUCCUCAGUUUGGGAGAUGGUUGCCUCCAUCCUGAAUCGGUACAAUGAUAAGAAGCGAACAUCCAAGCAAUGCUGUAAUCGCUAUGAGAAUCUCAAAAAAAUUUACACCCAAUUAAAACGUAAUCCUGAGAAACAUGUUCGUCGCAAUUGGCCCUAUAUGGGUUUGUUCAAAGAAAUCGAGGAUCAACGGGGUGAAAGCUGGGGAACAAAUCAGAAACGAAUCAAAACCGAAUCAUACUAUCAGCGACGAAGAGCAAUGAUGAUGAUGAAUAACAAUACCAUGACCAUUGCGGAUGGUAUGGCCAAAGAACAGAUGAAUGGAGGAGGUGUCCAAUCAAAUCCUCUCGGACCUGCUGCGUUAGCUAUUGAAAACGGGAUAUUUAAUAAUGGUAAUAACAGUAUUACGUUAAUACGGAAAAUGCCAAACUACAUGAAUCCACCAGUAACAUCAGCAAAUAACACACGGAAUAAUAAUAGUGAAGACUGCGAUGAUGAUGAGGAGGAUGACGAUGAUACCAAGGACGAUCACUUCAACUUUAGUGAUAUAGCUAUAAAAAAAGAAUAUCCCGAUUACGAGGAGGAUAACGACAAUUCAUACAUGCAGAACAACUAUAAUGGCCAUCCGGAAAUCUACAUGAACGGCCACAAUGAUUCCGAACGCAAUAUCCUGCAUCCUGAUGUUAUAGUUGACACCGAUCACGUAACAGAUUCAUCGAGUAUUUCGAUGCGAACUAAGCGAAAAUUGUCUACCUCAACAGAUGCCGAGAGCACAAACUAUGAACUCAUUGAAUAUUUGAAGAAACGUGAAAAACGGGAUGAAGAAAUGUUCAAACGUAUGGAAGAACGCGAGGAGAGAUUAAUACGCUUGCUAGAACGUACAGUUGUUGCCAUAGAACACAUAGCUAGUCAGAAUAGUACAUAGUAUUGCUUUUUCUAUGUUUAAGUUUCACAGAAAUGUAUUCUCUUUUUGUUUCAUAAUCAUCCAUAAAACCAGUAGCCAUGCUCAUUCAUAUUUUCAUUUUUAAACCAUGUAAAUUUCACAGACAGACACACAUACUAUCGUUAAAACAAAAACAUGUAUUUAUGAGAUUUCUAGUAUUUAGAAAUUAUUUUUAUAGAAUAGAAAUAUUGGAUACAACCACAAUAUAUAUUCCUUAUGAGGAAUGAAACUGACAAAAUUAAAUAUAUUUCAAUCAUAAGCAAAAUGAAAGUUAUAACAAUAACCACAAGAAAAGUUGAUAGUCUGCUCAAGCGGCCAAAUAUUAUUACUAAAAAGCAAUUUAAUAAGUUAAGAGGAAUUAAGAUAUUUAAUUUAAAUUUAUUUCAUUUCAUCUAAUUUCUGUGUUCUCAAAAUAUGUUUAUGUUUACACUUUGACUACACUAGAUAUAUAUAAAUGUAGGUUUUAUAUAACUUACCCCAUGACGUUCUAGAAUUAAUUAUUAUUUUUAAGGUGAUCAAGAACCUAGUGCCAUUUUUGUACCAAAUUUUUUGCCAGAAUAAACAAAUUAAUUUAUAUUAUAGGAGCAUAUGAACCGAAAAGCAACAAUGCAGUUAUGUUUUUUAAUAAAAUGUUUUGUU